ACUCACACCGAUAAUCUCGAACCCUACUUCUAUCUCUCUCUAAAAAAUAUCUAGGGUUUCGAACUUUCCAUCGAGAACGCUCCUUAUCUCUCUAUCGAUUCUGAAGGACAUGAAGGACUUCAAUUCGUCUGUGUGCGGAGACGGUGAUUCCUGGCCACCGGUGUUCCGAUUCCAUCCCACCGACGAGGAACUGGUGCUGUACUAUCUCAAGAGGAAGAUCUGUCGCCUGAGGCUCAAGCUCGACAUCAUCGCUGAGACCGACGUCUACAAAUGUGACCCAGAGGAGUUGCCAGAACAAUCCAAAUUAAAGACUGGGGACAGACAAUGGUUUUUUUUCAGCCCUAGAGAUAGAAAAUACCCUAACGGAGCAAGAUCAAAUAGGGCAACCAGACAUGGGUACUGGAAAACAACUGGAAAGGACCGUGCCGUUAGAUGCAAUUCUCGUUCCGUUGGGGUGAAGAAGACUCUGGUUUUCUACAAAGGUCGUGCACCUAGUGGUGAACGCACAGAUUGGGUAAUGCAUGAAUAUACCAUGGACGAAGAGGAGCUCAAGAAAUGCCAAUCUGCACAGGAUUAUUUUGCAUUGUAUAAAGUCUUCAAGAAGAGUGGACCUGGUCCAAAAAACGGCGAAGAGUACGGUGCUCCCUUUAAGGAAGAGGAUUGGGCUGAUGAUGAAUGCUCAAAUGGUGAUCACAAUCUCCAGGAAAAUUCUGUGAUGCAGGUCAAUGAUGUUGCUUCCACCUCUAUGGCACCAGUCCGAGAGGAUGAAACUGGUAACAUCAGUGCUAAUGGUCAAGUGAAGUCUGCUUUAAGGGAUCUCGAGUUGUUCGUUAACCGAAUUACGGAUGAACCUUCUUUUGCCCAACUACUCGCUGUGGUGGAUCCAUUGGUGGAUCCAUCCUUUAGGGAAGCCAAUAGUCUUGGACAGAGCAUAGUGACCCACCCAAACAGCCAGCAGUAUGAUUUGCAGUCAAGCUUUGACUUGACUCGGUCUGCCAUACCUAAUUUACAAAUGCAUGAGGCACUUGAGGUCACAUCUGCUGUGAAUGUUUGUGAACAGGGACCUCAUGCAGCUGAGGAUGAUUUCAUUGAAGAUUUAAUUGAAAUGGAUGAUCUUUUUGAAAUGGAUGAUCUUGUUGGUCCCGUAGCUGCUGUUCAGGACAUUGAGAACUUGCAGUUUUCUGAGUUCGAUGGAUUGGGUGAGGUGGAGAAAUUGAGUGAGGUUGAUGACCUCUACCUGGACGCGGCCAUGUUUCUUCAUGACAUAAGCCAAGGGCCACAGUCAUAUUUUAAUAAUCUAGAGGAUGGGAUGGUAAAUCCCCUGGAUUUCCAGUUUGAUUCGUGUUCGAAUGAUGCAAGUCACAGCAUAAUUACACCAGCAGCAUCAAAUCACAGUACUGUUCCUGAAGGAGCUUCAGGUGUGGUAUGUGCUGCUGGUAAUUCUGGAAAUCUUCCUACCAGUACAAAUCAAAAUGAAAGUGGCAAAGAGGACAGUGGUACGGUUACGUGGUUCUCUUCUGCUCUAUGGUCAUUUAUGGAGUCGAUACCCACCACUCCGGCUUUUGCAUCAGAGAGUGCCUUGGUGAACAGGGCUUUUGAGCGAAUGUCUAGCUUUGGCAGGGUGAGGAUCGACGCAGGGAACACAAAUGUUGCUGCAGUUAACUCCACUGCAACUGUAAUAAGAUCAGGCAAAUAUAAUUGUAAUUUUUUGUAUUUUUCUGUUCUUAGAGUGGUGUGUGCUAUAUUGUGGAUGAUAGGAUCUGUAAACUGUCUUUGGAAGAUUCAUUUCUUAUUCAAUUCAAUUUAUUCAUUUUAUAAUUUUUUUGUGUCAGUCGUUGAUUAUUAUUAUAUUGUCUCAGUCCUUAAUGCAAGGUGCCAUAUUGUUAAUUAACUCUUGACAUUGUUCAUUAAUCUAGUUGGUAGAGCAGCUAACUCACUGAGCAAGCAUGUUCGUAUUCAAAACUCCCUCCCUAAUUUGCUAGCCUAAUACUCUGUCAAUGGUUAAUUAACUGUUCUUAUAACAGUCAUUUAUUUGUUUUGUCUAGAUUUAGCCAACUUUCUACUUACAAACAUAUUGCCAUUUAGGGCUGUAAGUUAAGCGGGUUGUCCAGCCCAACCGAUUUUUUUUUAAAUAAAUUCAAAUAUGGAAAAAGAGGGGGAAAAAAACAAAAAUUAGGCCUGGAUG